CGCCGCCGCCAAAGAAUGUAGCGGCACCACAGGGGAGCACCAAGCUGCUUGCCAUGAAGGCACCAGUUGAAUUUCGUAAAAUGUUGUCUUCCAGCUCUCUCCUGCUGUCUGCAGACAAAGGUGAGAGCAGUUCUAGUACCACCCUCAAGGAAGCUGCAGAAUCUGCUGAAGACACAAGGAUGCCCAAGCCAAGAAAAACUCAGGUUGCGUUUCCUCAGCGAGGAGUUGUUUCCUCCCGUGAGGGGGAAAAGCUCAGCACACCUGCAAGAGGAGGAGGCCAGAGGAAAAAGUUAGCUGAGAAACAGUCUUCAUCUUCAUCCAGCUCAGAUUCUAGCUCAGAUUCUGAGGAUGAAAGUGUUGGUGAUUCAAAAGUUGCCACUAAAACUAAAGUUGAGUUUCCCAGACGAGAUCCCAUUUUUUCUGAGAAUGUAGCAGUAAAGGCAUCCACGCUGACAAAAGAGAAAUUGUCCCAGAAAUCCCUCAAAGAAUAUGGAAUUAAGAAGCUGCCACGCAAACCAGAGAUUGACGUCUCUCCUGUUAAGCAGGUCAGCUUUUCUAAAACAUCAGUCAGCCAGGAAACAUCAAAACCCAAAGCAAGAGACCCCAAAGUAAAAUCCCCUCCAAAAGAUCAGAAGCCGGGCUUAGAACCACACGUGCUGAAAAGUCUGGGCCUCAGCGAUGUCACUGCUAAAUCUCAUCAUGUGGAGGAAAAGUCCACUGGACUGAAAGCCUCAGCAGUGACUCACGAAGACAAAAAGCAAGAUCUGCUAUCCAGAGGAGAGAAGGAAAAGAUGAAGGAGGCACAGAAGUUGGAAGCAAAAGAAGUGACUGCUCCUAAAGUGGAAGAGGCUCCUGGAAGCAGAACCUUGGUGAUGGGCACCACAGCAAAGGAGGAGACCACGCAGGAAGGAGCCCAGGCUGGAGAAGGCAGCACAACAGAGGAGCCUGCUCCAGAGGAGGAGUGGGAUAAUUCCACCUACAAGAACCUGCAGCACCACGACUACCACACGUUCACCUUCCACGAUUAUGUUGCCAUCCUUGCAAAGUACAGGCAGCCUCAGCCAUCCUCUGGAAGACCAUCCCCAAGGCACUGAGACAGCCACACCUACAGCAAACACCCAGGCAGGAUGGGGAAUUGUUCUGUUUAGCACUGUUGCUUCAUCUGUAUCAUUGAAAUCAGAUAAUAAAUAAUAAAGGCUUAAUAACUUGGGCUUUUGAACAGUUC